GCUGAGGAAGAGGGAAGAGAAAGAAGAGCGAGAGAAAGAGGAGCCUAUCGCAAAUACUAAUAAUUAUUAUAAUUAGAAGCCGGCCCCUUUCUCUUUAAAGAGAAAAAAAAACCACCCUAACCGCAGCGGCUCGCCCCCCCCUCCCUCUCCGAGCCCCCCGACUCGCUCCGCAAAGGCAUGGAGAAGGGGACCAACUGCUUUCCGACCUGCCACACCAUUUUUCUCGCCUGGACAUGGCUCUUACUCCUCUCUUGGUGUUGCACCGGCGCCGAAAUAACUUGCAGAUCCUGCUCGUCUCCAUCGCCCUCCUGGCCGGCAUCCUCGUCUCGCCUUAGGCAGGAGCAGCGACCGCCGCCGCCGCCGCCGCCGCCGCGGGGAUUACGGAGCUGGCCGGGCGGCCGGGCGCGGGGCUCGGCCGGCGCGGACCCGCUGCCGGGCGGGGAGCCGGGGGGCCGCUCGGGGCCGCGGGGAGCGCCGAUCCGCUCGGCGGGGGCGGGAGGCGGCGCGCUCGGGGGCCGGGGCCCGGCGGCGCCGCGGAGCCGGCGGAGCAGCGAGGGGCGCUCCCGCGGGGUGCCCGCGGCCGAGGGGCAGCAGCGCGGCGGCAGGGCUCAGCCCCGCGGGCCGCUGGAGGAGGGCAGAGCGGCGCGGCUGCGAGGGGCAGAGGAGCUGAGGCUGAGCAGCACCACCUUCGCGCUCACUGGGGAUGCGGCGCACAACCAAGCCAUGGUGCACUGGUCCGGCCACAACAGCAGCGUGAUUCUCAUUCUGACAAAGCUCUUCGACUUCAACUUGGGGAGUGUUACAGAGAGUUCACUGUGGAGGUCAACAGACUAUGGCACUACCUAUGAAAAGCUAAAUGACAAAGUAGGCCUGAAGACUGUGUUGAGCUACCUUUAUGUCAGUCCCACUAACAAGAGGAAGAUCAUGCUUCUUAGUGAUCCAGAGAUUGAGAGCAGCAUCCUCAUCAGUUCUGAUGAAGGGGCUACCUACCAGAAGUACCGCCUGAACUUCUAUAUCCAGAGCUUGCUUUUCCAUCCCAAGCAGGAGGAGUGGAUCUUAGCAUACAGUCUGGAUCAAAAGCUGUACAGCUCCAUGGACUUUGGAAGAAAAUGGCAGCUAAUGCAUGAACGGGUCACUCCAAACAGGUUUUACUGGUCCGUUGCUGGUUUGGAUAAAGAACCUGACCUUGUGCACAUGGAAGCCCGGACUGCUGAUGGACACACACACUAUUUGACCUGUCGGAUCCAAGAGUGCUCGGAGACCAAAAGGAGUGGGCCAUUCUCGCGCUCCAUUGACAUCAGCUCCCUUGUUGUUCAGGAUGAAUAUAUCUUCAUCCAGGUGACAGCUGGUGGACGAGCAAAUUACUAUGUGUCAUACAGACGGGAGCCUUUUGCACAGAUUAAGUUGCCAAAGUACUCUCUUCCUAAGGACAUGCAUAUUAUCAGCACAGAUGAAGAUCAGGUGUUUGCAGCUGUUCAAGAGUGGAACCAGAACGACACAUACAAUCUGUAUAUCUCAGACACCCGAGGGGUAUACUUUACCCUGGCCUUGGAAAAUGUGAAAAGCAGUCGAGGGUUGGAGGGGAAUAUCAUCAUUGAACUUUAUGAGGUAGCAGGGAUCAAAGGCAUAUUCCUGGCUAACAGGAAGAUAGAUGACCAAAUCAAGACGUUCAUUACCUACAAUAAGGGCAGAGAUUGGCGUUUGCUGCAGGCACCGGACACCGAUCUAAGAGGGGAUCCUGUAGUUUGCCACCUGCCCUUUUGCUCACUGCACUUACAUCUGCAACUCUCAGAGAAUCCAUAUUCUUCAGGAAGCAUUUCCAGCAAAGAGACAGUUCCUGGGCUGCUGGUGGCAACAGGCAAUAUUGGCUCUGAACUUUCCUACACUGAUGUUGGCGUGUUCAUUUCUUCUGAUGGUGGAAAUUCCUGGAGACAGAUCUUCGAGGAGGAAUACAACGUUUGGUUUCUGGACUGGGGAGGGGCACUAGUGGCCUUGAAACACACAUCGGUGCCCAUCCAGCACAUGUGGGUGAGUUUUGAUGAGGGAAGAUCAUGGAGUAAAUACAGUUUCACAUCAACACCACUUUUUGUGGAUGGAUCCCUUGUAGACCCUGGCAUAGAGACCCAGAUAAUGACAGUUUUUGGGCACUUCAGUCUCCGUUCUGAAUGGCAGCUGGUCAAGGUGGACUACAAGUCGAUCUUCAACAGAAAGUGUAACAAAGAUGAUUACCAAACCUGGCAUCUGCACAAUCAGGGAGAGCCUUGUGUCAUGGGAGAGAGGAAGAUCUAUAAAAAACGCAAGCCUGGAGCCCAGUGUUCCCUGGGUCGGGACUAUUCUCAAACUGUAGUGUCUGAACCAUGUGUCUGCGGUCAAGGGGACUUUGAGUGUGACUAUGGGUACGAGAGACACAGCAACAAUCAUUGUGUCCCAGCCUUCUGGUUCAGCCCGUCCUCCCUGUCCAAGGAGUGCAGCAUGGGUCAGAGCUACUUGAACAGCACUGGGUACCGAAGGAUUGUGUCUAACAACUGCACAGAUGGCUUGCGAGAGAAGUACAUGGCCAAGGUGGAGAAGUGCCCUGGAAAAGCACCUCGUGGACUGCACAUCCUCACUACUGAUGGAAAGUUGGUCACGGAGCAGGGACACAAUGCCACCUUCAUCAUCCUUUUGGAAGAGGGUGAUCCCCAAAGGACAAAUAUUCAGCUUGAUUUUGGAGAUGGCAUUGCAGUAUCCUAUGCUAAUUUCAGCCCUGUUGAGGAUGGCAUUCGGCAUGUCUAUAAGAGCGCUGGAAUCUUUCAGGUGAUGGCAUAUGCAGAGAACAGCCUGGGCUCUGACACUGCUGUCCUCUUCCUGCAUGUGGUCUGUCCAGUGGAGCAUGUCCAACUGAGUGUUCCCUUUGUUGCCAUCAGAAAUAAGGAUGUCAACGUUACUGCAGUAGUUUGGCCCAGCCAGGCAGGCACACUUACCUACUUCUGGUGGUUUGGUAACAGCACCAAGCCCCUCAUCACCUUGGAGAGCAGCAUCUCAUACAUCUUCACUGUGGAGGGGAUGAACACUGUCACUGUGCAAGUUGCUGCAGGCAACACCCUCAUCCAAGACACCAAGGAGAUCGCAGUGCAUGAGUAUUUCCAAUCUCAGCUCCUGUCAUUUUCUCCCAACUUGGACUACCAUAACCCUGACAUCCCUGAAUGGAGACAAGACAUUGGCAAAGUCAUCAAGAGAGCUCUAGCACAGGUGACUGGUAUCCCUGAUGAACAGAUCUUGGUAGCUGUAUUUCCUGGGCUGCCUACUUCUGCUGAACUUUUCAUACUGCCCCAUAAAAACACAACAGAGAGGAGGAAAAGCAGUGAGGCUGAUCUGGAACAAGUGGUAGAAAUCUUUUUUAAUGCUCUCAACCAGAACCUCGUCCAGUUUGAACUGAAGCCUGGUCUCGAAGUCGUUGUGUAUGUCACUCAGUUAACAUUAGCACCCCUUGUUGAUUCCAGCACGGGUCACAGCAGUUCGGCGAUGCUGAUGUUGCUGUCUGUGGUAUUUGUAGGCUUGGCUGUUUUUUUAAUCUACAAAUUCAAGAGGAAAAUCCCUUGGAUUAACAUCUAUGCCCAAGUUCAGCAUGACAAGGAGCAGGAAAUGAUUGGCUCUGUCAGCCAAAGUGAAAAUGCCCCCAAAAUCACUCUGAGUGAGUUCACAGACCCUGAGGAGCUGAUGGACAAAGAGAUGGACACGCGAGUGACGGGAAGCAUCUCAACAAUUGCCAACAGUGAAAGCACAAAGGAAAUCCCCAACUGCACUAGCGUUUAAUACUGAGAAUCCACUUGGUCUACAGCAUUUCUGAUUUUUUAUUUGUAAUUAUUAUUGUUAUAAUUAUUAUUAUUAUGAAAAAAGAAAGAGGUAUAUGUCAUUAUUAUCAUUUGGGAGGGGGUGGGGCGGGCUUUUUCUGUUUACCAAGGCUGCAUUCAUAAAUAGCAGGGGUUCUUAAUAUUUAGGAAUACUUAUCAAAUUAGAAAGAAAAAGCAAAUAACAAGUCAAGUGAGCAGUAGGAUUUGAAUGCCAGCCUCCUGUUAAAUACAGAAUGGGAAUUAAGUAUUCAAAUUAAACAGACAGGUAUAGUACCUUAGGCAACAUGUUGUAGGUAAUUUGUCCCUUUUCAGCCUUUUUCAAAAUAACUCAUGAAUCAGCUAUUUCAUCAUCCCGGAGGGCUCAGGCUGGGUUGCUGGACCAGGCUCUGCAACAUGCCAACAGCCUUAGCUUUCCAAUGACAUGCAUGUCUCAGCUUUUUGCAGGAUCUUGCCUCUUUUAAUUGCUUUUAAUUUCAGUCACCCUCUGGCACUGUUGACUGCUGAGAAAGGGAAAAAAACAUCAGAGCAAACACACAUCUUGGACCAUAGAUUGGCUGGAGGGGACAGCACCACAAGCAGUGAAGGAGCACGCCUGAGUUUAUGAAUGCAGCCCAAACCCCGUGCAUGUGUAUAGCGAGGAUGCCGAAGGCCUAUUGUAGAUAAUUACAAUGUACAUAGCUUUUUAUUUCUUGGGAAAUAAUUUAAUGUUUAGUAAAAGAAGAUAUGUUUGAAACAAAACCUGAACCACAUACACACAUGCACGCACAUGCACGCACGUACAUACACGUGUGCGUGCUCUCGUACACUCCAGCCAACCAGGGACUGUGGUGAGCAUUUGAAUCACGCUUUGGUUCCAAGCCGUGUUCCAGUUGUCUGUCAUAUUUCAAUCUGGCACUGCUGUCUAUAAACACCAUAGUUUAUUUCUCUUUGUAGAACUGCAAGCCUUUUUUUUCAUAUAUAGAGCAUCAUUUCCUAUGAUGGAGCAGAAAAAGAUAUUAGCUGGAUAACUAUGAGCCUGUCGUGAAUAUUUUAAUAAUGUUCAUCAUCUGUCCACCUCUGUCACUGUUACCCAUUUCUGAGAAAGAUCUUGGUGACAUCCAUUAGGGAAAAUGAGGAAAACAAAUGUGAAAUUAUCACCAUCUCAGUGUGGGCAAAUACCAGUGUGCUUGUAGUACCCAGUACAACCUGAACUGAGCAGGGGGCCAGGGUGCAGUAGCUUUGCUCCCAGUGACAAGUCAUGCUUUUAGCGGUUAAGCUGAUGAAAUAAAGUGCUAUUCAGGAUGUGUAAGGGUAACAAAUUUUGGCUGAACAUAAUGCAUGUGAUUAGGGACUGCUCUUUGGAGAGGGGAAUGGAGGGUCAGAUCUGCAUAACUUUGCUUGGAAAGGUCUUUCUUAUGUGUGCUGUAGAACAGCUGCUUCCAAUUUUGGAUGGAAAUGCCAUCAGAGUAAUUUCUGCAUGGUGGGUUGGUACUUUCUGAUUAGAACAGGGAGGUUAAUUAAGAAAAGACAGUGAAAAACCUCUUUAGGAAUCUUCUAGCACACUGAGUUGAGGAUAUACCUCAGGAAUGGUGGAGUUUGGGGGCAAGAGGUUAAAUUAGUGGUGAGUUACUUCUAUCCAUUUGAGUUAAUGAUGUUAAAAAUGGACCUUAUUCUUCAAAUAUUGAGUUCUAAGACUCAGCAGGAAUUUAAGGAAGAUUGAAGGCUUGUUUGGGAAGAUGUUCUAGUGUUUGUGAGGUAACAGAUGGCAAAAAUGACAAUGUUUGCUACCCUUUUUUUAGGAUCUGGAUACAGGACUCCACAUCACUUUUAGUACAUCUGGACAGAAAUUCAUGAUGGCUAGAAUUUAGGUGUUACUUGCUACCUCUCUGCAUUGCAAUGUGCCAGAUAGCUACAAACCAGCCUCAGCUACAUGUGUUCACUCUGUUAAUGGGCUGGAAUGUCUUUCAGAGUUUACAAUCCUGAUGGGUUUGCAGGUGGAGAGAAAAGUAGUUAAAUACAGUUUGGAGAAAAACACAGGGCAUAUUUAAAGACCCAAAUUGUAAAGCCAAAAUGUACAGAAAUACUGUCCUAAAGCUAAAUAUUCUCAACCCUUCUCCUCCAUUUCAGUCAGGCUUGUAGGUCCUUUCUUUUGAUUUAAAAAUAUUUUUCUGUUUCCUCCCUCACUUUUCUGCUCUAGUUCCUAAUAUAAGAUGAAGAGUGAUGUCUGUGUGGUUCUAUUUAACCUUGAGUUCAUCCAUCACAUGUGCAUAAACUGUUGCAUUACUGUCUCUGCUCUACUGAAACACCAAAGUAGUUUACAGUAAUGUCCCAGUCUGGUGAUAACACUGUUAGUGCGAGGCCACAGCUUCCCAUUUAGGUAUAGAUGGGAGAGAGCUACAUAAACAACAAGGCCUGUGUGCCUUGAGCUAAACUGUGGGCUGAUCUCAGUCUGUGCUGAUCAUUGGGAUUGGAGGGACUGGUUUUGUGAGCUGCUCUAGAGGACUGAAUGUGAAAUACUCCUUGUUUUUUGUAUUAACUUUUAUAAACCAGGAAACAAAGUGAAAAUGUUCAUUGUUGUUUGGAGUUUUCUAGGUUUUCCAUGGGAUUGAUCUCAUGUUGAUUUAAAAAGAAAGGCAGAGUAUUGCAGUUUUCUCAAUUUCUUUCCACUCUUUUUUGCAGUAUUUUUAUUUUUGCAUUUGUUUUAUAUUUUUUCCCUUUACAGUCUUAAAGGUGACUGAUAAAUAUCUCACAACAGAUGAGACAAAGCAAGGAUGAAAAGUUGAGAGUAAGCUGUUGAAAAAAUGGAAACAUUUUUACUUCUUAAAA